AUGGCAAAGGAGGAAGAUGAGGAGAAGAAAGCCAAGAAAGGCAAAAAGGGCAAGAAGGCCCCAGAGCCUGAGAAGCCCAAGCGCAGUCUCAAGGGCACAUCACGCCUGUUCAUGGGCUUCCGCGACCGCACCCCCAAGAUCUCCAAGAAGGGGCAGUUCCGCAGUGCCUCAGCAUUCUUCUGGGGCCUGCACACUGGCCCACAGAAGACUAAGCGCAAGAAGAAGGCACGCACAGUGCUCCAGUCCACUUCCAAGCUCAUGACACAGAUGCGCAUGGGCAAGAAGAAGCGGGCCAUGAAGGGCAAGAAGCCUUCCUUCAUGGUCAUCCGCUUUCCUGGCCGGCGCGGUUAUGGCCGCCUGAGGCCCCGUGCCCAGUCACUCAGUAAGGCCUCCACCGCCAUCAACUGGCUCACCAAGCGCUUCUUGCUGAAGAAGGCUGAGGAAGCGGGCAGCAAACGGGAAGCUGUGGAUGCCUGGAUGUCUCGCUCUGACGGCCGUAUGGGCUCCCGCAAGCUGCCCUUCCCAUCGGGCGCAGAGAUCCUGCAGCCAGGUGGCCACCUGCGCCGCUUCCCACGCAGCCACAGUAUCUACUCAUCCGGGGAGCCUGUGGGUUUCCUGCCCUUCGAGGAUGAGGCCCCCUUCCACCAUGCUGGCUCCCGCCGCUCACUCUACGGCCUGGAGGGUUUCCAGGACCUGGGCGAGUACUAUGACUACCACCGUGAGGGUGAUGACUACUAUGACCAACGCUCGCUCUACCGCCAUGGGGAGCCCGACCCCUGUCUGGACCCUUACCUGGACCCUUACCUGGACCCCUACCUGGACCCUUACCUGGACCCCUACAGCCCCGCCUGGCCACCCUACGGAGACUACCUGCACAGCUACCCCCCUGGGAACUCCUGUGACUACCACCACCCUGACUACUACAACUACAACGGCCCCUUCUACCCUCCCUAUGGCUAUGGAGACUAUGAACCCCCCUAUGCCGCUCCCACAGGGUACACCUCCCCCUACAGCUACUACGACACACUUGAGGCCGAGGCCUACCCACAAGGCUACUACCUGGACCCCUACACACCCUUUGAGGUGCCCUAUCUGCCGUAUGAUGUGCCAGGGUACAACUUCCCAAGCGAUGCAGCCUACACAGGUGUCUACAGGACAGCCCCCUAUGAUGCCCCCUACAUGCCCUACGCUGGUGGUCUGCAGGGGGACCAGGCCAUCUAUGCCCCCAGUGUGCCCUACAUGUACCCAGGGGAGCAGGCCCCGGCCUACCCCUGGGCUCCGCCAUCUCUGCUGUUGCCCCAUAACCCCUACGCACAUCCUAUGGAUGACAUCGCUGAACUGGAGGAGCCUGAGGAGGUGGACAGGGAGAGGCCCAGCACAUCCUUCCGCCUGCCCAGCGCUGCCUUCUUUGAGCAGCAGGGCAUGGACAAGCCGGCACGCUCCAAGCUAUCCCUCAUCCGUCGCUUCCGCCUCUUCCCUCGGCCGCAGGUGAAGUUGUUUGGGAAGGACAGGCUGGACGUGUCACUACCCCCAUCUCUGGACAUCCCGCUGCCCCUGGGCGAUGCUGACGAGGAGGAGGAGGACGAGCUACCUGCCCGGCUGGCACCCUACCCCCAGCCCUUCUGGCGUCUCCUAUCACCCACACAGCGCCACCUGCAGCGUGCCCUGUCUGCCUUUGGGGCCCGAAGCACCCUGGGUUUCUCCGACCUCACACACCCCUCCGCUCAGCCUGCCACUUCACUGGCGCGUUUCCUCAAGAAGACGUUGUCAGAGAAGAGGCCGGUGCCCCGGCUCCGCACCAGCGCCCAGGCCCGCCUGGGCACGGCGCCAGCCUGUGAGGCUGCCUACAAGCGCUUCGGCUACAAGCUGGCAGGCAUGGACCCAGAGCGCCCCAAUACGCCCAUCAUGCUGCGCAGGACCCAGGCUCAGGCCCGCAACAACAACAACUUGCACUGCCCAGCCUCGCCCCGGCUUGUACCCAGGCCCGUACCCAAGCCAGCACCACCCAGGCCCACACCGAGGCCAGUGCUCACACCCGCGUUCUCUCACUGGAGCGCCCUCCUGUCCCCUCCGUCUGCCCGACGGCCCCCCAGCCCAGGCCCACCACCCACUCCGCCUUUCUCCCCUGUGCUCUCAGGCCUGCCUCGGCUCACCUCCCCCUACAGCUCCCUCCGACGGCAUCCCCCACCUUGGGCCGCUCCUGCCCACGUGCCGCUAGCACCCCAGGCUAGUUGGUGGGGCUUUAUGGAGCCCCCACCCCUGAGGCCGGAGCUGCCCUCUGAGCUGCUGGCCUUCCCUGGCCCCCGGCCCUCCUUCAGGGGCUCCCGUCGUCGAGGGGCGACCAUGGGCUUCCCACGCAUGUCGCCGCAGGCCUCGCUCAGACGGGCCUGGAGUCCCCGGCCCUCUCGGCAGCCCUCGCUGAGGUGCCUGCCCAGCCUGGGUUACCGCUCCCCGUGGGGUCCCAUGUCUCCGCAGCCGUCAGUACGCACCGCGUUCCCACCGCCCCUUUCGCCCCCGCCACGUCGUCCCCACUCGCUGCGGGAGUCCCUGGCUCCACGCAGGGGUUCAGGGCGUCUGGGCCCGCCCUCCUCGCCCGUGCUGGGCUCUCCACGGCCCUCCUUGCCGCCCCCGGGGUUGGGCCCCCGGCGCGCCUCUCUCCACCUGCCCUCGCGCUUCCCGCACACAUGGCGCAGGCUCAGUGAGCCGCCCACCAGGGCCGUGAAGCCACGAGUGCAGCAGCCUUUCCAUCCACCCUCGGGGAGCCCGACCUGGCCAGGCUCUGGCUUUGGACACCAGGAGAGCCAGCAGGAGCCAGAGGAUGAGGACGUGCCCUGGACAGUGCCCCCGCUGGCCCCUAGCUGGGACGUGGACCAGCUGGCCUCCCAGCAGUCACCUUCGCCCUGGCCGGGAGGCCCCGGCAACCACCCCAGCUUCUCCAGGCCGCCCCCUGUACCAGAGGACCCCACCACUGAUGCUGACAGUCUCUUUCUGGGCAGACACCACGAGCUUGGAGCUGGGCAGCUGACUGAGUCUGCCUGCCCGGGCCUGGAGAAGUCAGGAGAGGAGGCUGCCCUAGAGAACCCUAAGUCACCAGUGGGGCCUGAACUCCAGAAUCAGAUAGAUUCCAAGGACAAUGACCCCUCAGAGACAAAGGCUUUAAGGCCCAGCCUUUCUCACCCACUGGCCAAGUGUGACCAAGCAAGGGCCACGUGGGUGCCAUGGCAUCGCUGGCAAACACUGCCUGGGGCACGAGGACCUCUCCCCAGAGGAGACAAGCAACACCAGGUGGGCCCUGGGCGCUUUGCUGUGGUUAGGCCACAGGUGCAAAGGCUGAGCUCUUUCCAGACUCCUUGCCCUGAUGCCCUGCAGCCCUCCACCCAGCCGCCCCAGGGCUCCCAGUCUGGGCCCAGAAGAGCAUGGGGUCUAUUCUGGUCUAGCCUCUGGCUGCAUCCCCAGGCCCACAGACCCCAGCCACAAGUGCACACAGGAGACCUGCCCUGCCACCCAGGCUCUGACAUGCCCUACCUGCCUCUGGGGGCUUCCCGGAAAGAAGUUAGCCACCAGAGCUGGUGGGAUAAGAUGCACUCCAUCCGCAACCUGCCCAGCAUGCAGUCCCGCCAGCAGUGCAUGGAAGACGGCGUGGAGGACAUGACACAGCUGGAAGACCUCCAGGAAACCACCGUGCUGUCCAACCUCAAGACCAGAUUUGAACGAAACCUUAUCUACACAUACAUUGGCAACAUCCUGGUUUCGCUGAACCCUUACCAGAUGUUUGGGAUCUACGGGCCAGAGCAGGUGCAGCAGUACAACGGCAAGGCCCUGGGCGAGAACCCUCCGCACCUCUUUGCAAUUGCAAACCUUGCCUUUGCCAAAAUGCUCGAUGCCAAACAGAACCAGUGCAUAAUCAUCAGUGGGGAAAGUGGCUCGGGGAAGACGGAAGCCACCAAGCUGAUCUUGCGCUAUCUGACCGCUGUGAACCAGACUCGGGGAAUCACACAGCAGAUAAAGAUCCUGGAGGCCACCCCCCUCCUGGAGUCCUUUGGGAACGCCAAAACUGUCAGGAAUGACAAUUCUAGCCGCUUUGGGAAGUUCAUGGAGAUCUUUCUAGAAGGGGGGGUGAUCUCUGGUGCCAUAACCUCCCAGUACCUGCUGGAGAAGUCCAGGAUUGUGUUCCAGGCCAAAAAUGAGAGGAACUACCACAUCUUCUAUGAGCUGCUGGCUGGGCUGCCUGCACAGCUACGGCAAGCCUUCAGUCUGCAGGAGGCAGAGACCUACUACUACCUGAACCAGGGAGGGAACUGUGAGAUCUCUGGGAAGAGUGAUGCCGACGAUUUCCGCUACCUGCUGGCCUGUAUGGAGGUACUGGGCUUUAGCGGGGAGGACCAGGACAGCAUCUUCCGCAUCUUGGCCUCCAUCCUGCACCUGGGCAACGUCUACUUCGAGAAGUAUGAGACAGGAGCACAGGAGGUGGCCUCAGUAGUGAGUGCCCGAGAGAUCCAGGUGGUGGCUGAGCUGCUACAGAUUUCCCCAGAGGGCCUGCAAAAGGCCAUAACCUUCAAAGUUACAGAGACAUUGCGAGAGAAGAUUUUCACCCCCCUGACUGUGGAGAGCGCAGUAGAUGCCAGGGAUGCCAUCGCCAAAGUCCUGUACGCACUGCUGUUCAGCUGGCUUAUUACCCGGGUCAACGCACUGGUGUCCCCACAGCAGGACACUCUGUCUAUUGCUGUCCUGGACAUCUAUGGCUUUGAGGACCUCAGCUUCAACAGCUUUGAGCAGCUGUGCAUCAACUAUGCAAAUGAGAACCUUCAGUAUCUUUUCAACAAAAUUGUCUUCCAGGAGGAACAGGAGGAGUACAUACGCGAGCAGAUCAACUGGCGUGAGAUCACCUUUGCUGACAACCAGCCAUGCAUCAACCUUAUUUCGUUGAAGCCAUAUGGCAUCCUGCGUAUUCUAGAUGACCAGUGUUGCUUCCCCCAGGCCACAGACCACACAUUUCUGCAGAAGUGUCACUACCACCAUGGCGCCAACCCACUCUACUCCAAGCCCAAGAUGCCACUCCCUGAAUUCACUAUCACUCACUACGCAGGCAAAGUCACCUACCAGGUGCACAAGUUCUUGGACAAGAAUCACGACCAGGUGCGGCAGGAUGUGCUGGACCUAUUUGUGCGCAGCCGAAUGCGGGUGGUGGCACACCUCUUCUCCAGUCAGGCUCCACCACAAUUGGCCCCCCAGCGCCUGGGCAAGAGCAGCUCCAUCACAUGGCUGCACAAGGCACACACCGUGGCUGCCAAGUUCCAGCAGUCGCUCCUGGAUCUGGUAGAGAAGAUGGAGAGGUGCAACCCCUUGUUUGUGCGGUGCCUGAAGCCCAACCACAAGAAGGAACCAGGCCUCUUUGAACCAGACAUAAUGAUGGCACAGCUGCGCUACUCAGGGGUUCUAGAGACGGUGCGGAUCCGAAAGGAGGGCUUCCCGGUGCGGCUGCCCUUCCAGAUGUUCAUAGACAGGUAUGGCUGCCUUGUGGCCCUUGGGCAUAGCCUUCCAGCCAGUGGAGACAUGUGUGUGUCGGUGCUGAGCCGCCUGUGCACGGUCAUGCCAAACAUGUAUCGUGUAGGUACCAGCAAGCUAUUUCUGAAGGAGCACCUGCACCAACUGCUAGAAAGCAUGCGGGAGCAUGUGCUGCACCACGCAGCCCUCACCCUACAGCGCUGCCUGCGUGGCUUCCUCAUCCGUCGCCGCUUCUGCUCACUACGCCACAAGAUUGUCCAGCUGCAGAGCCGGGCCCGUGGCUACCUGGCCAGGCAGCGCUAUCAGCAGAUGAGGCAGAGUCUGAUCAAGUUCCGGUCCCUCGUACACACAUACAUGAGACACCGUCGUCACCUCAAGCUGAGGGCAGAGCAGAGGCUCCUGGUGGAGGAGGCGCGGCUGUGGGAACAGGAGGAGCUGAGUAAUCGGGAGGUGGUGGCAGUGGGUCAUCUAGAGGUGCCGUCGGAGCUGGCCAGGCUGCUGCAUGCUGCAGAAGGCCUCAGGUUGAGUCGGAGGCCUCGCGUGGGCCCAGUGCGGACACCCCGGCUGCUGGCUGAGCCCCGAGCCACACUGCCCCUCGAUGUCAAUAACUACUCCAUGGCCAAGUUCAUCAGGUGCCACUUCAUGGAGCCGGCCUUCGGGAUGCUGACCAUGCCCCUGCAGUCACCCCUCAUGCGGCUGCCAGCUGAGUUCCACGUGGAGGCUGUGAACAUCUUCAAGCUGGUCCUGCGCUUCAUGGGUGACCCCUGCCUGCAUGGCAUGCAAGAGACCAUCUUCGGGAACUAUGUGGUGCAGCGGGGGCUAGUGUUGCCUGAGCUGCGUGAUGAGCUCCUGGUACAGCUGACCAACCAGGUGUGGCACAACCCCAGUGUCCACAAUGCUGAGCGUGGCUGGCUCCUGCUGGCCGCCUGCCUCAGUGGCUUUGCACCAUCCUCGCGCCUCGGCAAGUACUUGCUCAAGUUUGUGUCUGACUAUGGGCCAGGAGGUUUCCAGGCUGUGUGCCAGCACCGAAUCAUGCAGGCCCUGGGCCGGGUGCAGCAGCAAGGUUCUGCAGCUGCCCGCACCUUCCCACCAAGCCAACUUGAGUGGAUGGCACUGCGAGAGAAGGCGGGCAUGGCACUGCUGGUGGGCUGCUUCAGUGGUGAUCAGUUCUCCUGCCCAGUGCACUCCUGGAGUACGGGGGAGGAGGUAGCCGGAGACAUCCUGAGACACAGGGGCCUGGCAGAGGGCUGGCGGGGCUGGACAGUGGCCCUGCAGAAUGGGGCGCAGUGGACAGAGCUGGCAGGUCAUGACUAUGUGCUUGACCUGGUGUCUGACCUGGAGCUGCCCCAAGACUUCCCACGUCAGAAGUCCUACUUCAUUGUGGGUGUGGAGGGAGCCAGGACCAGCAGGGGCAGCCUCCGAGGGGUAUUUGGGGACAGCUGGGAUGAGGAGGCGUCCCCUCAGCCCCAACUACAAGGACACCUGCCAGCAGUGGCAGACUCUGACAGAUGCUGCAGCCACAAUGAAGACGGUACACAUAGAGGGACUGAGGCCAGAGAGAGAACCCCCACCCCCACAGAUGCAGACAACUUCAAUGAGCCCGCUGUGCCCCAGAAGGGCUUGGACGGCUACCUGGACAACCUUUUCCACCCUGUGCUGUCUUGUGGGGACACGGAUCUGGAGAAGCCAACAGCCAUUGCCUACCGCAUGAAGGGUGGAGGCCAGCCUGGAGGAGCUGGCAGCAGCAGCAGCACCGAGGACCCCCACAGGAGAUCCCCAGAGCCAAAGCCAAAGCCCAUCCCUGGCCUAGAUGCCUCCACAUUGGCCCUCCAACAAGCCUUCAUCCAUAAGCAAGCUGUACUGCUGGCCCGGGAGAUGACCCUGCAGGCUAUGGCACUCCAGCAGCAGUCCCUAAGCCCAGUCCCCCAGUCUCUUCCCCUAGAGAAACCCCUGGCCCCAGAGGCACAGCCGAAGUUUGUGGGUGUGGGCCCCCCUGCCAAGCCAGUGCUCCUGUGUUCCUCCUCCAUUGUGAAGCCCCUGGUGCCAGCCCUUUUGUCCCGAGCCCCCAGACCACCCCCCAGCAAACCUGUGGCUGCCCCCAUUCUAACUCAGGACCGAGCUACCGCAGAAACCUCCUUGCCCUCCUCAGAGCUGAUCCGCUACUCCACACUCAACUCAGAGCACUUCCCCCAGCCCACACAGCAGAUCAAGAGCAUCGUGAGACAGUGCCAGCAGCCAACCCGUGGUGCCCGGCCUGGGGCCCUCAGGAAGGAUGGCGGGAGGGUGUUCGUGACUCGGCCAGACCCCCACGCAGAGGCCCUGCUGAUCCUUAAGGGGCAGAUGAGCCAACAAGCAGCAAUGCUGGGCACCCAGGUGCCCAGAGAGGCUGUGGCCCUGGUGAAGCCAGUGACCAGUGCACCCAGGCCAUCCACAGGGCCCACCCCAGUGCUGCCUUCUCGAUCCCUGGAAUCCAUGGAGGAGCCUAUCCAGACCCGGCUGCACCACCUCAACCCCAGCUUCUAUGGCUACCAUGAUGCCCCCUGGCGGCUCUUUCUGCGCAAAGAGGUGUUCUACCCCAAGGACAGCUACAGCCACCCCGUGCAGCUGGAUCUCCUGUUCCGGCAGAUCCUGCACGACACCUUCUCUGAGGCCUGUCUGCGCAUCUCCCAGGAAGAACGGCUCCAGAUGAAAGCACUGUUUGCCCAGAGCAAUCUGGACACGCAGCGCCCCCUGGUGACGGAGAGCAUGAAGAGGGCUGUGGUCAGCACCGCACGGGACCACUGGGAAGUCUACUUCUCCCGCCUUUUCCCCGCCACGGGAAGCGUGGGCACUGGCGUGCAACUCCUGGCUGUGUCCCACACUGGCAUCAAGCUUUUGCACAUGGUUCAAGGCAGCGAGGCCAGCAGACGGCUGCGAGUGCUGCGUGCUUACAGCUUUGCCGACAUCCUGUUUGUGACCAUCCCCUCCCAUAACAUGCUGGAGUUCAACCUGGUGAGCGAGAAGGUCAUUCUCUUCUCUGCCCGAGCCCAACAGGUCAAGGCCCUGGUAGACGACUUCAUCCUAGAGCUCAAGAAGGACUCAGACUACGUGGUUGCUGUGCGGAACUUCCUGCCAGAGGACCCAGCACUACUGGCCUUCCACAAGGGUGAUAUCAUCCACCUGCAGCCACUGGAGCCACCUCGGGCAGGCUACAGUGCAGGCUGUGUGGUCCGCAAGAAGGUUGUAUACCUGGAGGAUCUACAACGUCGAGGACCUGACUUUGGCUGGAGGUUCGGUACCAUCCACGGGCCAGUGGGCCACUUCCCGUCAGAACUGGUGCAGCCAGCAGCUGCCCCCGACUUCCUGAAGCUGCCUGCAGAGCCAGGCAGUGGUCUGGCCGCUGCGGUGGCGGCUGCAGUGGCGUCCACCACCGCAGCCCGGGAAGUGGGCCGCAGGAGAGAGGGCCCUCGGGUCAAACCUGGCUCCACAGAUCGUAGGGAGGACGGCCUGGCCCUCCCGCCAUACACCAUGCUAGAGUUUGCCCAGAAGUAUUUCCGAGACCCCCGGAGGAGACCCCAGGAUGGCCUGAGGCUGAAGCCCAAGGAGGGCCUGGAGUCCAGGAGCCUAGAGGACAUGCUCUGCUUCUCCAAGGCUCCACUCCAAGAGUCCCUCAUCGAGCUCAGUGACAGCAGCCUCAACAAGAUGGCCACUGACAUGUUUCUAGCGGUGAUGCGGUUCAUGGGGGACGCCCCAUUGAAGGGGCAGAGUGAGCUGGAUGUGCUUUGCACCCUCCUGAAGCUGUGUGGGGACCAUGAGGUCAUGCGGGACGAGUGCUUCUGCCAAGUUGUGAAGCAGAUCACAGACAACACCAGCACCAAACAGGAUAGCUGCCAGAGAGGCUGGAGGCUGUUGUACAUUGUGGCUGCCUACCAUAGUUGCUCUGAGGUGCUCCGGCCCCACAUCAUGCGGUUCCUUCAGGAUGUGAGCCAGACCCAAGGUGCACCCUUCCAGGGCAUUGCCAAGGCCUGUGAGCAGAACCUGCAGAAGACCUUCCACUUUGGUGGCCGUCUGGAGCUGCCCAGUGCCAUGGAGCUUCGGGCCAUGCUGGCUGGCCGCAGUUCCAAGAGGCAGCUUUUCCUUCUCCCUGGAGGCCUUGAACGCCAUCUCAAAAUCAAAACAUGCACUGUGGCCCUGGAUGUGGUGGAGGAGAUCUGUGCAGAGAUGGCCCUGACCCACCCGGAGGCAUCCCAUGAGUAUGCCGUCUUCGUUGUUACCAACCGAGGUCAGCAUGUGUGCCCACUCAGCCGCUGCGCCUACAUCCUAGAUGUGGCCACAGAGAUGGAGCAAGUGGAGGGCGGCUACAUGCUGUGGUUCCGGCGCGUGCUUUGGGACCAGCCACUCAAGUUUGACAAUGAGUUCUAUGUGACCAUGCACUAUAACCAGGUCCUACCCGACUACCUGAAGGGCCUCUUAAGCAGUGUAUCAUCCAGUCGGCCCAGUGAACAGCAGCUGCAGCAGGUGUCCAAGCUGGCUUCCCUGCAGCACCGUGCUAAGGACCACUUCUACCUACCCAGCCUGCAGGAGGUCCAGGAGUACAUCCCAGCCCAGCUCUACUAUACUGUGGCUGGCUCCACCUGGCUCAACUUACUCAGCCAACACCGGCAGCAGACACAUGCCCUCAGCCCUCACCAGGCACAAGCCCAGUUUCUAGGCCUCCUCAGUGCUCUGCCCAUGUUUGGCUCCUCCUUCUUCUUCAUCCAGAGCUGCAGCAGCUCCUCCGUGCCAGCCCCAUGCAUCCUGGCUGUCAACCAUAAUGGCCUCAAUUUCCUCAGCACCGAGACACAUGAGCUGAUGGUGAAGUUCCCCCUGAAGGAGCUGCAGUCUAUGCGAACCCAACAGCCUAUUGCUAGUUCCAGCUGCCCCUACGUGGAGAUGUCUUUGGGAGAUGUGAACACGCAGCAUACUGUGCAGCUACAGCUGGAGCAGGGUCUGGAGCUGUGCCGCAUAGUGGCCGUGCACGUGGAGAGCCUGCUGAAUGCCUGUGAGAAGCGGCUCACGCUGCCACCCAGUGAGAUCACACUGCUUUGAGUACCCCUCCCAGAAGCCAGAGCCUGGGGAGACCAAGGGAAGGGAGGAGGAGCACUCAAGCUCCAAGGAACUGGAGAGGACCAGCCCAGACUCUCUGAGCCAGACUGUAGGAAGAACUUCCAGAUCAGCUGUGCCCAACACACUUCCUGUCAUGAACAGAGCUUCCAGCCAAGACCCCUAUCCCCACUCUCUAGUCCCUGGGAUGAGCCACAUGGGGUUAGAGACUGAAGAGAAAGAAGUUUCAUCUCAGGGGCUGGGAGGCAAAGUCUGGUAGGACUUCCUAGAAAAUGGACUUUGGGCUUAAGUUUUGAAGAGUAGUAUUUUCCUUUGAAUAAGGAAGGUAAGGGAAAUAAACAUCCCAAAGAGAGAAAAUUCUGUUGUAGUUUCAGAGGCUAGGACAAUGUCUACCAGAAUGCAAACUUAAAAGAUAUCUGCCUUGAUCUGGGGGUGAGGGGGAUAGUGGAUAAAGCACUGGACUUCAACCAUGAGGUCUUGAGUUCAAUCCCCGGCAGCACAUGUACCAAAGUGAUGUCUGGUUCUUUCUCUCUCUGCCUAUCUUUCUCAUAAAUAAAUAAAUUCUUUA